UGCGUACUAGCUGGCAUAAGGGUGCAACUAGUUUAAUAAUCUUGAAUUUAUUACUUUAUAACUUGAAUCUUACCAGUCAAUACUAGGUCUUACUAUUACCUAUCACAGAUCGAGCAAGUCAAUCUUACCAGUCGAGCAAUGGCGGAAUACCUUAUCAAUAACCAGGGUGAUUAUUAUUGUUUAGACGCCGCUUCUUUAUAUAAAUAUUUUACCGUUGACGAAAAACGCUUUCUUCUUGCAUAUAGUGCUAAAGCUAAUGAUAUUACAGAUACUACUUUUAAUGGCAUAUUGCAUCAUAUUUAUUAUAAUGUGGUAUUUAAUAAAGUCGGGACUAUUGAUAAUGUCCUAAAAGUGAUCAAAGAACUUAAAUUGGAUCUCUGGUCUAUGUUCAAGAAGAAACUUCCAGGUAAAGAAGUCGACUUUUCUCACGGUAGUCUUUUAAGAAAUCCCGAAGCAUUCAUCAGAAUAACAGAAGCAGGAGCCUCUAAUGGAUCAACAAAAGCAAGACACCUGUAUCACCGUUCCUUCUUUAUAGGGUUUCUUAAUUUUCUAAACUACAAUACGUGGAUAGAAAAUUGGGAUGAUAUUUCCAGAAAUCCUCUCAAAUUCCGUGCGCUUCAGUUUCUGAAUCUUCAUAUGCGGUUCACUUACAUCACCCGUAAAUCUGCAGAGACCGAAAUGGCCGUGCGAGUACUCUGGAGCUCCAUCCCAGAUCCGCUUUUGACCUUCACUGAUAUUUUUAGGCUUUUUGAAGGGGUCGAUCCUAUGUAUUAUCAGGAGAUAAACAACAUAUGGCAAUGGUACUGCAAUCUAGUGAAUUAUGAAGAAUCUUCUGUCAGGCGUCCACGAUCUCUGAAGCACCUUUCAAGAUGCUUCAUCAGAAACCAAUUAGGAGACAACUUUAAGUUGCCCGAAGGAGUGGAGGAACUGGGCAUUCCCAAACAUGUCCAGAAAUAUUUACUUCUGAGAGAUUUCCACAAGAUAGAAUGAAUACUUUAUCUUGAAAUCAAUUUUUUCAAAGUAUUUCACGAAAUAAAUAAAAGACUUGAUCAUUUUAAUUAUGAUUUAAUGAUUAAAUGUUAAUGUUUCUUAUAAACUUUUUUACGAUAUUAUUUUAAAUGUUGCAUGCUUCACUGUUGAAAUAUUUCUCCCGCAUAUAAAUAAACAAUGUAAUCUAUGUGUAAUUAUAUUUUGUUUGUGUCUUUCAA